AUGCGCGCCCCCUCCACCCUCGCCUUCCUGGCCGUCGCAGCAGCAGCGAUGGUGGUGGACGCCCAGCAAGGAGCUUAUAGCCAAUGGAUCUACCAAUGCGUCCCCUCCUCCUUCCCCGGUCCCACCCCAACCUUGAGCGGCGAUAGCCCAGCAACAUCCACCCUCCCCCCCGCCGCAACACUAACCCCCAACAACCUCUGGAUCCGCGCGGUAGAGGAGCCGUAUUUCCACAAAUACCUGCAAUCCUCUUCCCCCAACGCGGCCGGGGCAGCGGUGCUAGGCGACGCCUCAACAGCCGCACAAUUCUUCUUCGUCUACGGCCGCAUCGUCCUCAUCCCCCCCCGCCCCUCUCCCGCCCUCUACGCUGUCGUGCAUCCCGAGGUCAUCGGCCCCGCACCGGGUAGACUGGCAAUCACUUUCGAGACCGAGGCGGUUAAUUAUGGAGGGUUUUUGUAUACGGGUGAUACGCUUAUGUGGAGGAAUUUAGCGGUGCCGAGACCGAAUGAAUCAGCGUGGCUGGUUUGUGGGGGGGAGGUGUUUGUUAAUCUGGGGGAGGUGGGGGAGGGGACGCCGGAGGGGUGUGUGGAUCAGACGAUUCAUUUUUAUUUUGGGAAGACGGCGGAUGUGUAG